GGCGGUGAGGCCUCGCUGCUUAGGAAUGAUGACGAGGGGUACAACUUUGACUUGAUCCAUAUUCUGAUGGCAAGAGAGGGCGCCGACAUCAGCAUUGUCUUUCUCCCGUCAGAGCAAGUGUCCGCGGAGACCACCAAAAGAUUGGUUGAGAAAGAGAAUAUCCAGUGCCUUCUUAUCCCCAGGGAAUUGAGAGAUCUGAAUUUUUGCCGUGAGGCUGAGGGAAAACAUGUAGCAAAAUUGAGCGAAGUCAAUGUCCUCGUCAACAAUGCGUCGAAGCAAUAUAUGUGCAAGGAGUUUUCUGAGAUUAAUCUUGAGAAGAUCCAGGAUGUCUUCAAGACCAACAUCAUCCAGAUGGUCGCCUUGGCAAAGCUCGCUGUCUCGAGACGAUUACUACGUCCUACCUAUGCCAGCCUUAUGGUCGUAAUACGCUCAUAUACUCAACGCAGAACCAAAAAUACUUCUUCUGUCGUAACAUUCCGGGGAUCUGGGACCAUUCUCGACUAUGCUGUGACCAAAGGUGCCAUCAUCCGUUUCACCAGGUCGCUAGGAGCGCAUUUGAUCCCGAAAGACAUUCGAGUCAAUACAGUGGCACCGGGCGCCCUAUACACCCCCAUCCAAGUUGACACUCGAGAGGCUAGACAAAUCGAGGGUUGGGGCUCCAAGGCAGGUCUGGGUCAACGCAGCAAGGUUGCAACCAGCUUCGUGUUUUUAGCGAGUGCGGAUGCUUCCCUGUAUUGUAGACCAGCAGGUUCUGCAUUGUUAUCCCACUCGGGAACAAGGGACCUCACUAGUACUCUAGUAUACUACUCCAUAGAACAAAUUUGA